GUCGCUCUGAGUUGUGUAGUAAGGUGAAGUGCUAGCUGGGACUGACAAUAGUUUUUAGAUUUAUUCUUUGUUCAGCGUGAUUUUGCUUACUUCUUUUACAUAAAAUGUGAUUUGGCAAACUUUAUGAUAAUUUUAGUGCGGUUUUUAUAAGAAGAUAUACAACGUGAAUCGGCCAUGGCUGCCACUUUAACGCAAGAACAGGAAAAUCCGAUAAGGGAUUCUGCUGAGGCCGCCAUAGCUGUGUUCACUGCUCACAAGCACAUACCUGCCAACAGCACCCACCAGACCACUCUACAGGGUCUCGUCUAUCAGCUGGACUGUGCCUUGCAAAACCCCCUCACUCAGAAGGCGGGCAUCGUGUUCAUCUACGAUAUGUCCAAUUCGAAGUACUCCAAUUUCGACUAUGAAUUGUCCCAGAAGAUUCUUACACUCCUGAAGGGCGGUUACCCCGCUAAGCUGAAGAAGGUCCUCAUAGUGACGGCGCCGCUGUGGUUCAAGGCCCCCUUCAAGAUCCUGCGGCUGUUCGUGCGCGAGAAGCUGCGCGAACGCGUCUACACGGUGUCGGUGGCGCAGCUGUCGAGCCACAUCCCGCGCGAAUCGCUGCCCACCAGGCUGGGCGGCACGCUCGUCCUGGACCACAAUGGCUGGCUGUCGCACUGUCUGCUGUCAAUGACUAGCUCGGGGCCGGAAUCGCCCUUGUCGCAAUACGAUGGGAAGACCCCCUCGCCGCAGAAGCACUCCGACAUCUCGGCCAUCACCACCGGCGCCGGCCACGCGGCGGACGGGUGGACGGCGGACGAGGUGCACGCCGCCCCGCACCCGCCCAGCAGCGCGUCGAGCGGCUUCUCCGACGACGACUCGCUGCCCGGCGACGCGCAGGCGGUGACGGCCGCCCAGCUGGUGGAGGGGGCGCGCGACAGGGGUCUAGACCGCCUGACGGAACCUUCAACGUAGCCAAAUCGAAGAAUAACCUUCCUAAAAAUAGGUAUACUGAUGUGCUGUGUUAUGACCAUAGUAGAGUUAUUUUGUCCGAACUGGACAACGACAAAGAUAGUGAUUACAUCCACGCCAAUUUCGUGGAUGGAUACAAACAGAAAAAUGCGUUCAUCAACACACAAGGUCCCCUUCCGAAGACGACUGCCGACUUCUGGCGCAUGAUAUGGGAGCAGCACUCGCUGGUGAUAGUGAUGACGACCAGGGCGAUGGAGCGGGGCAGGCCGAAGUGCCACCAGUACUGGGAGCCCGAGGCGGACGGCGAGGCCGUCUACGGACAGUUCACCGUCAAGACGCUCGCCGUCGAAACGGACACCGACUACACCGUCACCACCAUUAGUCUUACGAAUAAUAAAACCGAGGAAACUAGGGAAGUGUCACAUUGGCAAUUCACCUCGUGGCCCGAUUACGGGGUGCCGCAUUCUGCCAAGGCGAUGUUGGAAUUCCUCGAGAGAGUUCGUCGAAAACAGGCCAGCAUGGUGGUCGAGCUCGGAGACACUUGGGCGGGGCACCCGAGAGGGCCGCCCAUCGUCGUGCAUUGUAGCGCCGGCAUAGGGCGGACAGGUACCUUCUGCACCCUCGACAUAUGCAUAUCGAGGCUAGAGGACGUCGGUUCGGCGGAUAUCCGAGGCACCGUCGAGCGGAUAAGGUCGCAGCGCGCCUACUCGAUCCAGAUGCCCGACCAGUACGUGUUCUGCCAUCUGGCGCUCAUCGAGUACGCGCUGAUGAAGGGCCAUCUGGCCGCCGUCGAUUUGUCGGGGUUCGAUAGGCCGGGCGACGAGGACAGCGACUAAGGGGGUUGGGCCGGGGUGGAGUGUUACAGAUCAGGGUUCGCCGGUUUUUGAUUUUGAAGGUUGAUGUCGGGGCUGUUCCUGACCGAAGAAAUAUAGUACCAGAUCGCACUUAGAAAAUGUACUAGAAUUGAGAAUUUAGUACUGAAUUUCAGAUCCUUCAAAUUUGCUCCCGAGGUGCUUGCAUAUUUUUAUUUCAAAAAUUAAAGUCGCCAAAUAAGAAAUAUGAGCAGAGUCAUUUCAUCAUAUAUGGAAAUAUCGAAAUGAAAACGAAAAUUUAAUUGAUCAGUGAUGAAAAUAUCUUCGAUAUAAAAUAAAUGAAACGAACUCGCGG